CGAGGCCUCCGGGACGUGGCAACCUGUGACAUCAAGAUCAAGGAGGACAACAGAAGACAAGAUGGGGCUGUGCAAGUGUCCCAAGAAGAAAGUGACCAACCAGUUCUGUUUCGAGCACGCCACCAACGUCUGCGAGAACUGCAUGGUUACAGGACACCCCAGGUGUAUCAUCAAGUCAUACCACAAGUGGCUGGACAGCAGUGAAUAUGACCCCUCAUGUCAAGUGUGUGGUGCCUCGCUGGCCUCCGGGGACUGUGUGCGGCUGGUGUGUUACGAUGUGUUUCAUAAAGAGUGCCUCAACCACUGGGCCAGUCAGCUGCCGCCCAACACUGCCCCAGCUGGCUACAGGUGCCCCAUGUGCUCUGAGCCCGUCUUCCCUGCCCCGAACCUGGUGUCCCCGGUGGCUGACUACCUUCGGGAGACCCUGGCUGCCUACCCCUGGGCCAGGACGGGUCUUGGCCUGCCCCUGAUAGAAGAGAAGAAGAGCCAGGAGGUAGUGGACUCAGCCUGGGGUAGCAUGAACGGGGCGGCGGUGAGCGAGGGCGGCCCACACAGCACCCCCACCCCACACCCCCGGCAAGUGCAGCCCCACCCUGACCUCCACACAUCCCCCCUUGACCCACACUUGCGGCCCAGUGUACAUGGCAGUGUUACCAGCAGCAGUAGUGGCGGGGGGGUGCGGGUCACAGCCAUGGAAGACCCCCCCAUCACCCCUUCAGUUUUCCGAGACACUCACCACACUGCUGCUGCCACCCCAUCUGCUGUGAGUACUAGUGUGGCUCGUAAAGGCUCCUCGUCGGACACCAAGCUGCUCUUAAAUGAGGGACCGGAUGCAGACGAGAGUGAGAAUAAGUACAAGAGGAGGUCUGCUAUCGAGUGGUUCAGCCGAUGGUGGAGGUCGAUGAACCGGCCUGCCUCACGCCACCACCAGGGCUUCGUUUUAGGGGCGCGGCGCAUGGUGAUCUUAUUGGUGGUGCUGGGCUGCCUCACGCUCUUUGUGGUGUUGUCGUACUUCAGCCGCGGGGCCUCGGAUGACGACCCCAUGCUGGACCCCUUCAAUAACCCCAACAUACGCGUGGCAGGGGAAUAGCGGGGAUUGUUUGUUAGCUUGUUGGUUGUUGUUUGAUGUGUGUGUGUGUGUGUGUGUGUGUGUGUUUCCUGUCUCCCAGCCACAUGUGUCUUAUGGAUUGUCAUUUGCACUGUUUUCGAUAGAGGUUUACUUGUUUGUUUUGCGGUGAACUUUUCUUACUGUAUUAACUUUUUUUCUUGUUCUUUUCUUUUUUCUUUUACUCCAUUCACUUUUUUAUUUUUCUUCUUCCUUCAUUUAUUUAUUGUCUUAUAAUUCUUUUUUUCUUCUUUCUUUCUUAUUUGCCUUUCUGUAUUUCUCUAAUGUACACGUAUGGCAGACAAGCUAGAGUGAACAUUGACAAUAAUUGCAUAAGAAACUAAGAGCUGUGGGAGAUGACUGUGCAAGUGAAGAAUCCAUUGCCACACCUUCAUCCUCUCCAAAGUAAUUUAUCCAACGCUGACCUAGACUCAAAGUUUUUUUAAGAAUGGUUGGGUCAUGAAUGGUAGCGAAGUCAUGAAUACAUCUCCACACCCUCAUCUUAUCCAUAGUCAUUUAUCCAACGCUGACAUAGAAUCGGAGUUUUAUAUGAAUGGUGGUGUCAUGAAUAGUCUUUUUGGGGGCAUAAGACACCGCCACAAUGCUCAUGUCUUCUCUGCUCAAGGUAAAGUUCCGAGGGGUGCAAGAAAUAGAAGGAUGGUCAUGUCAGGGGGUUUGAAAAAAGAAUACUCGUGUCAGGCAUAAGAAACUGUGUCAUGUCGAGUGAGUGAAAAAGAAAAAUAGUUGUGUCAGGCAUUAGAAAUAGAAAUAAGAAUAGAAUAGAAAGAAAAAUAGCUGUGUCAGGAGUAAGAAAUAGAAAGAUACUCGUGCCAAGGGUUUGUUCAAUACAUAACAUAACAUGGCGGUCAGUUUGGCAGUAGCGGGACUGAUGACAUUUGUAUCCUGUGCGAAUUGUGUGAGGUUAGUUUGGGUUCCGAGAGGCAAGCUGUAUGUGUGUGUAUGUGUGUGUGUGUGUGCAGGCAUCUAAGCUAAGUUACUUGUGAUUAGCUUCGGUACAUCUUUCCGUCGCCUGUGAUCGUCCCGUCUUAGUUUGUUUACGCUGUUAUUCUCCUUCCAGAGUUUAUAGUUUAAGUCAAAAUCUUUCCGGCACAAAUGUAUGAGUUGAUGUUCUGAGCCACGCUUCUCUCUCUCAUUGGUCCUGCUGGAAGGGUUCACUGCUUCGGAGGUUGAUAAGGGCAGCACAUUACCAGGGUAGUCUCGUUUUUUCAGACUUAAGUGAACUGGAGUUAAUAUGAACACAUGGUUUGAUAUAUUGCAUUUGCUUGGUGAUUCAUAGAUGCCAUUUCAAGGAUUUUAGCACCAGGAAGAAUUAUGUUUUCUAAUCUGAGCAGCUGGUUUAAUAUUUAGGGUUUAUUGAUAUUAUUUAAUUCAAUCAGUUGGUUUGAUAUGCUGGAUUUCUUUGCUGAGUCAGACAUCAUUCCAAGUAGUUUCCACACUUCUUCUUUUUCAUCGAUUCACCCAACCACAUAAGGAUGUUAAAUGAAGAAGAUUCCGAGGAGUUUCCACACCAAGGAGAAUAUUAGUUAAUCCGAGCAGUUGGUUUCGUAUUGUUUGAGUUUGUUUGGUGAUUCAUAGAUGCUAUUCCAAGGAGUCUUCACACCAUGGAGAAAAAUUUGAUGCUGGAAAACUUCACUCAGUCAUGUUGUCUUGCCUUUUUUUAUUUUUCUCUUACUUUACUGUCAUAGUCUCAUUUUUAUCACCCAUGUCUGCUCAUUGAGGGGACUGUAUGGGUCUGCAUCAGUUUUAUAGUUUCCCUUGAUGCCCUUUCAUGGAUCUCUAUAAUAUAAUGGGCACCUAACUUGCUGACAAUGCCCUUACAAUGAUGAUAAAAUUAAUGGCCCAGAGGACUUUUGGGGCCUUAUCCACCUCUGCUCAGCUAUAGUGUGUGUCCCUAACUUUAUCUUACCUUCAUCUACCUCUGCCCUCAACUUCACCUUUAUCCAGCUCUGAUCGGCCCCACACCAGCACUGUAGAUAAUGUACAUACUCCAACACUUGUUGAGUUGGUGGUUGAGUCUUCUCGCCCUCAAUUAUGCGGGGACUGUUGUUGUUGCUGCUUCCAUGCACCGAUUUUAGUUUAUUUCACACGAGUGGUUGAGACGACUACAUAUUUAAUCUUUAUGCAUCUAAAGUUAAUCGACAUUCUUGUGCUAGGCUCAUAUAAUGUUAAGGAGGCAUACAUAUUGCCGAGGAAGCUGUGGCAAGUGUAUAUUCAUCUUUUGUAUUAUUAGCUGUGUUGUAUAUAUGGCCUAUUAUACUGGUGUAAAUAUGAAUUAUAUAUUAUAUAUUUGAGAUACAAGUGUGAGGUUAUUUUGCAUACCAUUAACUGGUGUCCAAUGCAAAAAGGAUGAAGACUGAUUGAUCUAUUGGGGUGUGUAGUCAUGGCACCUCAACUACUGUGGCCAUGUGGUGCUGGAGAGAUUAAGAGAGUACAGCAUG